AUGUGUGUAUCAAGUGUAUGUAUCAUAUUAUUUUUUGUUGCAUUAUGGAGUUCAUAUAGUGUGUCCUAUGUUCCACCACGUUUUGAAAUGAAACGUUUAUCAACUAAACCUAUUAUUUCAUCAUGGGAUAAGAAUUCUGAUUUUUUAUAUAAUUAUAAUAGUGCUUUUAUGCCUAUGAUAGAUGAUCCAAAUGCAAUAACACUUUUAGUACGUGUACAAGAUUUACUUGAUGAUGCUGAAACUGUUUAUAAUGUUGGUCCAAGUAAGAUAGCAGUAAGUCGAAGUAUUGAUCAUAAUUAUCUGAAAUAUUCACAUAUAACACAAGAAAAUAUUAUUAUUGAUAUCGAUGAAGAUUAUCAAUCUUUAGGAGCUGAAGAUCCUCGUGUUGUACUUUUUAAUGGAACUUAUUAUUUAUUCUACACGGCUGUAAGCAAGAUUCCCAGUGGUGAUUGGCGUGCUCAAUUAGCAUUAGCUACUUGUGAAAAUGAUUGUUUGACUAAAGAAAAUUGGAAACUUCAUGGUCCUUUAUUUCCUGAUGUAUUUUGGUGUAAAAGUGGUAGUUUAUUAAUUCAUAAUGAUACGCAUCGUUAUUUAUUUUUUAAUGAUUCAAAUAUUUCUAUAGCACAAACAAAAGAUCUUAUUCAUUAUAGUUUAACAAAUAAUUAUCUUCUACGUACACGUUCUGAUGCAUUUGAUUCUGAACUUGUAGAAGCUGGACCUGAACCAUUAAAAUUAAGUGAUGAAAAUUAUUUAUUUCUUUAUAAUUCAGCACGACGAACAAAUAUAACAAAUCCAAAACCUGGUUGGUCACUUGAAUAUAAUUUAGGUUGGACAAUAUUAAAUGGUGAAAAUCCAACAGAAAUUUUAGCAAGAAGUAAUCAACCUAUAUUUUCACCAGAAUUAGAUUGGGAAAAAUGUGAUAAUACAUCAGCUGAAUGGGCUAAUCGUGGUCUUACACCAUUAGUUAUUUUUGUUGAAGGAUGGAAAAAAACUACUCAAGAUACAUUUUUAGUUUGGUAUCAAGGAUGUGAUUCAACAAUGGGUUUAGCUGAACUUACAGUACAUUUUCCACCGAGUUCACGAGCUAAUAUUUCUACAUCUGUACUUACUUAUCUUCUAUUUGUUUUUCGUCUAUGCCUCUCUUUUUUUAAUUAA